CCUGCAUCUUUAACUGCAUCCUUCCAGCUAGUCCGCAUAUUUCGCCGCACGUUGCCCGUUCUCCAUCAGUUGUCAGUCCAACAAGUGUGUCCCAAGGCAUAUUCAUGUUGGUUAUACUUUGACAGACGUUGUCCUCUCUGUUCAAUUCUCGUUAUCAGUGUCUGCAGAUGGCCAAACGUGAUGCCGACAACUUCAUCACUUAUGUAGACGUGGCCAACCGUGAAUGCCAACGUUUUCAACUUGGCUCGCUCACCGAGGACCAAUUCAAAUGCCUCAUCUUCGUCUCUGGCCUCCAGUCUACACACGAUGCCGAUAUCCGGACGCGCCUCCUGUCCACGCUACAACAGGAUAGCUCAGUCACAAUCCAGAACCUGACCGAGGAGUGUCAAACGCUGCUCAACCUGAAGCACGAUCCUGCCAUGAUCCAGAACGCCGCCGCACCUGGUAUGGUACAGGCAGUCACAGCACCGAGGGCGCAAUCGUCCGCGCGCCCCACCCAAUCCGACCGAGCGAAGUCCUCACCCUACGCGUGCCGAUUCUGUGGUCCCUGGCAUUUCCACCGCGACUGCAAGUUCCGCCAGCAUCGUUGUCAACGUUGUGGCAGGGUGCGGCACCGGGAUGGUUACUGCCAUCCUCCAUCUCCCACGGGGACCAAAACUGCGCUGGCCCCCACCCGCGAUCCAAAGAAGAGGUCCCGACUCAGACGCACCCCCAAACCUGGUCCGGUUGGCAGCUCCCUGAGCCUCCUGGCCACGUUCCAAAUCAACGCUGCGAAUCGGAGAAAAUUCGUCGACGUCUUGGUCAACGGUCAGUCGGUCCGAUUGCAGUUGGACACUGUGUCGGACAUCACGAUCAUCUCCGAGAAUCUCUGCGCCUGUAGUGGUCGCGUGCAGCUAACUGGGCAGCUGCACUGCUCCGUCUCCUUCCGAGGCACCACGUUCAACGCGAUCCGCUACAUCACGAAGGCGCAACUCAACUUGCUUGGUCUCGAUUGGCUCGAAACCCUUGACUUGGCCGAUCUUCCUCUUCGGGCCAUCUGCAGUGCGGUACAUUCUCCGGCAGUACCAAACGAUCGAACCGCCGACAUUAUCAGACAAUUCGCCCCGGUAUUCCAGGAUGGUCUUGGCUGCUGUACACGCACCCGCGCCGCGUUACAGCUCGUAACUGGUGCUCAACCAGUAUUCUGUCCCAAAAGGCCUGUCCCAUACGCAGCCUUAACCUUGGUCGAUGCCGAACUCCAACGUUUGGAAGACAUGGGCGUCCUGGUGCCUGUGUCCUAUUCCGCCUGGGCAGCGCCGAUCGUCGUGGUCAAGAAGCCGAAUGGAUCCCUCCACAUCUGUGCCGAUUUCUCCACCGGUCUCAACGCAGCACUAGAGCCAAAGUGCUACCCGCUGCCGAUCUCAGCCGACCUCUUCACAAUACUCAACGGUGGCACGUGUUUCGCUAAAAUCGACCUAACAGGCGCCUACCUGCAGAUCGAGGUCGCCGCUGAGUCACAAGCCCUCCUGACGAUCAAUAACCAUCGUGGUCUUCUCCAGUACACCAGGCUCCCGUUUGGUGUCAAAACCGCUCCAGCCAUUUUCCAACAGACGAUGGACGCUAUGAUUUCUGGUAUUUCGGGUGCGGCCGCGUACCUGGACGAUCUACUCAUUGUUGGUCGCACCCCAGAAGAGCUUCGAGAGCGCCUGGGUGCAGUCCUGCAACGGGUCCAGGAGUACGGGUUCCGCCUGAAACCUGAGAAAUGCCAAUUCUUUCUUCCGUCGAUCAAAUACCUUGGUUUCGUUUUCGACGCCAAUGGUCGUUAUCCUGAUCCUGAGAACGUCGAAGUCAUCCAGCAGAUGCCAGCUCCAGCGGAUGUCACAACUGCGAAGGACGUUCCUCGGCACUGGUCUCCCGCAUGCGAGAAAGCAUUUGUUCGCCUGAAAGCCAUGCUGAGUUCUGAUCUUCUGUUGACCCAUUACGACCUCACCUUGCCGAUUUUGGUCGCUGCCGAUGCUUCUGCCUACGGGAUCGGAGCAGUUCUCUCCCAUCGAUUCUCAAACGGUUCCGAGAAAGCCGUUAUGCCCGCCUCCCGCACUCUGACGCUUGCGGAAAACUAUGGUCAGAUCGAGAAGGAAGCCCUUGCCAUCGUCUUUGCCGUCACCAAGUUCAACAAGAUGCUGUAUGGCCGGCGGUUCACGCUAUUGACCGAUCACAAGCCCCUACUUUCAAUCUUCGGUUCAAAGAAGGGCGUUCCCGCAUGCUCGGCUAGCCGACUUCAGCGUUGGGCUGUCAUUCUUCUUGGUUACGACUUCGAAAUCCGCUACUGCCGUACUCAGAAUUUUGGUCAAGCCGACGGUCUCUCCCGCCUCAUUUCCAAACAUGCCGCAGUAGAAUACACAGUGGUUGCCGCUGUUACCGUCGAGGACGACGUUCAUUAUUAA